AUGUCUACUCAUUGCCAUGAUGAGCAUGAUCAUUCAGGGCACGACCACGGCGACGGCGGCCACGACCACUCCGAUGACAUAACGCCCGCGCUUCAGUACUCUCUUUACCAACAUAUUAGCUUUGACGAUAUCACGACCCUCAACGAAGCCGAAGCCGGCUCAGGGAAGGCAAUAGUAAAGAAGACAUGGGCGGAGCGGCUAGAGGAAAGGCCAGAGUUAGAGAGCGACACUGACGAGCAGCUACUAAUGCACAUUCCAUUCACAGGCCAAGUAAAGCUCCAUUCAAUCCUAAUCCGAACCUCAAACUCGUCCUCCGCUCCCCAGACACUAAAGGUGUUUAUCAACCGUGACGACCUCGACUUCUCCACCGCCAGCGACUUAUCCCCCACACAAGAGUUCUCGCUCUCCCAAACAUCGGGUAUUCAAGAUAUUCCUGUGAAGAGGGCGCUGUUUGGGAAGGUACAGAGCUUGAAUUUGUUUGUGGAGGAUAAUUAUGGGGAUGAUGUGACGAAUAUCAGCUAUUUGGGAUUCAAGGGCGAUUGGAUGCAGCUUGGGAGGGCGCCGACGAAUAUUUUAUACGAGGCAGCGGCGAAUCCGAACGACCAUGCUGUGAAGGGAACCAGUGUUAAUCAAAUGAGCAGUGGGCUUGGUGGGAGAGGGGGCGGAAUGUGA